GUCGCCUAGGGCAUAAGGAGCAUGAUGACUUGACUCCACCCUCACCUUCCUCCGGCUUAUCACCAACAGUCUACUCAUAGUUUCAAACUCAACAUUAGCAACUAAACACGAGGGUUGCACUCGUUGCAGACCUUAACCCAACACCUUCCCGCACAAGUUGACAACAACAUGAGCUAUGACUAAAACCUAACCCAAUUUUCUCAUCUUCACAUUAGUGAUGACUGAUGAACCUAAUAUGGCGCGAAAUUUUCAGUCCCUCAGUGGUCGUGAAAUUACAUUGCUGCCAUUCUGAAUCUUCUUCUUCUUCCUUCACAUUUUGAACACUCUCACUCUACUGUGAUCUUUUCAUGCUCUCCAUCCUCAGAUUCUUCGCCGCAAACACCUGUCACCGCCCUAACAUUUUCCCCAAACUCUUCACCGUCCCGGCACCUCCUCCGCCGUUCCGAACCGCCUCCGGUGGACGAAACCCUCUUCUUCCGAUGGCGACUCCCGAAUCGAUAAAGGCGGAGUACGCCAAAUCGAACCGUUCUUCAUGCAAGGGGUGCUCCAAAACCAUCGAGAACAAGUCACUCAGGUUGGGUAUCGUCUCCAAGGACAAAACCAGAGGUUUCGAGACUGUCAAAUGGCACCAUCUCACUUGCUUCCCUCCGCCAUAUCCGGAUUCUCCUCACAUCAUCACUGGAUUUUCCUCCUUGGAGAGUAGUGACCAGGAAGCUGUGAAAGAGUUAUUUGAAAGCCAUGACUGCUCCGAAGAGAAGGUUAGUAAGGCAACAGAAGACAUACAAAAUGAACAGAAAGAGACUGAAGAAAGUGACUCAAAGAAAAGAAAGUUAUCCACAUCUGAUGUUAAAGCUGUGGUGGACAUUAGCUUUUCAGUUUCAGACGUCAUGAGCAAGUACAAGGAUGCUACCCUUUUACCAAAAUGGAAGGCAUUCCAGACAGUCAUAUUUCUUGAGCGGGAUGAUGGUCUACAUGAUUCAAGUAAAAUUGCUGCAUUUGAUUUUGAUGGAUGUCUUGCAAACACUGCUGUUAAUAGAGUUGGUCCAAAGGCUUGGUCCCUCAUGUAUCAGUCAAUUCCUGAUAAACUACAAAGCUUAUACAACAAUGGCUACAAGCUGGUAAUUUUCACCAAUGAAUCUAAUAUUGAACGUUGGAAGAAAUCGAGACAAAAAGCUGUGGACUCAAAAAUUGGACGACUAAAUAAUUUUAUUGAGAAAGUGAAGGUCCCGAUUCAGGUUUUUAUAGCUUGUGGGCUAAGUAACUCAGGCAAAGCUGCCGGAAAGGAAGAUGAUCCUUAUCGCAAACCAAAACCAGGGAUGUGGCAACUUAUGGAGCAGCACUUCAACUCCGGCAUUACCAUUGAUAUGGAUCAAUCCUUUUAUGUUGGUGAUGCUGCUGGAAGAAAAUCAGAUCAUAGUGAUGCUGAUAUUAAAUUUGCAGAGGCCAUUGGUUUAAAAUUUCAUCUCCCUGAAGAGUACUUCAAGGCUUGAGGAUCUAAUGUGGUCAUCGGUUCAUAGGUGUAAGGUCCUUUUUUUUGAAGUGACAUUACCAACUGGAAUGGUAUCUAGUUGACUUUGUUUUUGUCGACCGGAUAUAUGAACGUAGACAGAUUAAAUUAUCUGAUGUUGUCCACUAAUUUGUAGUCAAUCAAAAAUUUAUUGUUGUUGCUUAAAUAAUUAUGUGGUUUUUCUUUUGGGUACUAAAAUAAUUCUGUGGUUGUUUAGCUAUAUUUCAUUUUUAAAAUAAAUAUAAGGCUUAAUUCCA